AUGCCUGGGGGUUGCUCCCGAGGUCCCGCCGCCGGGGACGGGCGGCUGCGGCUAGCACGGCUGGCGCUGGUCCUCCUGGGCUGGGUCUCCUCAUCCUCUCCCAUCUCCUCGGCGUCCUCCUCCACCUCCUCGGCGUCGUUCCUGGCCUCGGCGGUGUCAGCUCAGCCUCCGCUGUCCGGCCAGUGUCCCCCGCCCUGUGAGUGUUCCGAGGCGGCGCGCACCGUCAAGUGCGUGAACCGCAACCUGACCGAGGUGCCCGCGGACCUGCCGCCCUACGUGCGCAAUCUCUUCCUCACCGGUAACCAGUUGGCCGUGCUCCCCGCCGGCGCCUUCGCCCGCCGGCCGCCGCUGGCAGAGCUGGCCACGCUCAAUCUCAGUGGCAGCCACCUGGAGAAGGUGCGCGCCGGCGCCUUCGAACAUCUGCCCAGUCUGCGCCAGCUUGACCUCAGCCACAACCCGCUCGCAAAUCUCAGCCGCUUCGCGUUCUCAGGCAGCAACGCCAGUACCUCGGGCCCCAGCCCUCUGCAGGAACUGAUGCUGAACCACAUCGCGCCCCCUGCGACCCAGCAGCAGAAUCGGAGCUUCGAGGGCAUGGUAGCCGCGGCCCUGCGCGCAGGCCACGCGCUACGCGGCCUCAGGCGCCUGGAGCUAGCCAGCAAUAACUUUUUUUUCUUGCCCUGGGACCUACCUGCGUACAUGCCGGACCUCAGGCACCUGGAUCUGCGUAACAACUCGCUGGUGAGCCUUACCUACAUGUCCUUCAGCAACCUGACACAUCUAGAAAACCUCCACCUGGAGGACAAUGCCCUGAAGGUUCUUCACAAUAGCACCUUAGCCGAGUUGCAAGGCCUGACCCAUGUCAGUGUGUUCCUGCACAACAAUCCCUGGGUCUGCGACUGUCACAUGGCGGAUAUGGUGGCCUGGCUCAAGGAGACAGAGAUAGUGCAGGACAAAGCAACGCUCACCUGUACAUUCCCAGAAAAAAUGAGAAAUCGGGGCCUCUUGGAACUCAACAGCUCUGACCUGGACUGUGAGCCUUUCCUCCCUCCAUCCCUGCAGACUUCUUAUGUCUUUCUGGGUAUUGUUUUAGCCUUGAUAGGCGCUAUUUUCCUCCUGGUCUUGUAUUUGAACCGUAAGGGGAUUAAAAAGUGGAUGCAUAACAUCAGAGAUGCUUGCAGGGAUCACAUGGAAGGGUAUCACUACAGAUAUGAAAUCAAUGCGGACCCCAGAUUAACAAAUCUCAGUUCCAAUUCGGAUGUCUGA